GAAAAAUGAAAAGAAAAAUAAAAGAAAAAGAAAAGAAAGGUGAAUUGAAUUGAAAGGAUAUUCCCUAUCGCUUAAGAAAUGAGGGUUUGUGGAGGUGGCAGUUGCUGUGCGACAAGUAGAUAGUAUUGUAGUAAUAGUAGCAGCGCACGGUUUUCACGUUGGUAUGAAAAAUAGCAGAUGCUCAUAGGAUGGGAUGGGACCAACAAGAAGAAUAAGAGGAGGCGACCGAUGCUGAUUGCUGAACUUGGACGAAACCAAGUUAACAAACUUGAUUUUUGUUUAAGCACCAUGAUGUCGACUAUACCAAAGGAACCAGAACAAGUAAUCAAACAGAGAGAUGGAUCCGUGCUUGGUAAGAAGACCAUUCUCAAGAGCGACCAUUUUCCUGGCUGCCACAACAAACGCUUGGUUCCCCAUGUUGACGGUGCCCCCAAUUACCGCAAGGCAAACUCCCUGCCCGUUCAUGGUGUUGCUAUUCCAACUACUGAUGGCAUCCGAAAUGUUCUCAAGCACAUUGGGGCUCACAUGAAUGGGGAGCAAAUUCGUGUUCUCUGGAUCAACCUUCGCGAGGAACCGGUGGUGUACAUUAACAGUCGGCCUUUUGUUUUGCGCGACGUGGAGCAGCCCUUUUCGAAUCUUGAAUAUACGGGUAUUAACAGGGUCAGGGUAGAGCAAAUGGAAGAUCGACUGAAAGAAGAUAUCCUCAUAGAAGCGGCUAGAUAUGGAAAUAAAAUCCUUGUAACUGAUGAACUACCAGAUGGUCAGAUGGUGGAUCAGUGGGAACCAGUUUCACAUGAUUCCGUCAAAACACCUCUUGAGGUAUACGAAGAAUUGACGCAUCACUACCUUGUUGACUACGAACGUGUUCCUGUAACGGAUGAAAAGUCUCCUAAAGAGCAGGACUUCGAUAUUCUGGUUCACAAAAUAUCUAAAGCUAACGUAAGGACAGAGAUUAUAUUUAAUUGCCAAAUGGGGCGUGGAAGAACGACCACAGGGAUGGUGAUUGCGACACUGAUUUAUAUUCAUCGCAUUGGAGCUUCAGGUAUUCCAAGAACCAGUUCUAUGGGUAAAAUUUCUGAUUGCAGUUCUAGCAUCACGUUCGAUUUACCAAAUUCAGAGGAAUCUAUACGCAGAGGAGAAUAUUCAGUCAUUAGAAGUCUUAUUCGAGUUUUGGAGGGUGGCGUUGAAGGCAAAAGACAGGUUGAUAAAGUUAUAGACAAAUGUGCAUCUAUGCAGAAUCUACGUGAAGCUAUUGCUUCUUAUCGAAGUAGUAUUCUGUGUCAAGCUGAUGAAAUGAAGAGGGAAGCAUCUCUUUCCUUUUUUGUGGAGUACUUGGAGAGAUAUUAUUUCCUUAUUUGCUUUGCUGUAUAUCUCCACACGGAAAGAGAUGCCCUUUAUCCUGUAUCUCCUGGUCAAUGCAGUUUCACUGAGUGGAUGAGAGCUAGGCCGGAGCUUUAUAGUAUACUGCGCAGAUUGCUGAGGAGAGAUCCAAUGGGAGCACUUGGUUAUGCCAAUCCUAAGCCAUCUUUAGCUAACAGUGCUGGCUCUGCUGAUAGGCGCCCUUUAGAGAUGAGUCAAGUUGCUGCAUUAAGGAAUGGAGAGGUUCUUGGAAGUCAAACAGUUCUUAAAAGUGAUCACUGUCCUGGUUGUCAACAUCCUUGUUUACGAGAGAGAGUGGAGGGUGCUCCUAAUUUUCGAGAAAUUCCUGGAUUUCCUGUUUAUGGUGUUGCUAAUCCAACUGUUGAUGGAAUUCGAUCAGUCAUUCAACGAAUUGGAAGUUCAAAAGGUGGCCGUCCAGUUUUCUGGCACAAUAUGAGAGAAGAACCUGUUGUUUACAUCAAUGGAAAACCAUUCGUACUUCGUGAAGUUGAAAGACCAUACAAAAAUAUGCUGGAGUACACGGGGAUUGAUUGUGAAAGAGUUGAAAGAAUGGAGGCUAGGCUGAAGGAUGAUAUUUUACGAGAAGCUGAACGUUACCAAGGGGCUAUAAUGGUCAUCCAUGAAACUGAUGAUGGACAAAUAUCUGAUGCUUGGGAACAUGUGAGCUUGCAUGCUGUUCAGACCCCACGGGAGGUAUUUACUUGCUUCGAAGCUGAUGGUUUCCCAAUCAAAUAUGCCCGGGUUCCAAUAACAGAUGGAAAAGCUCCAAAAGGUUCUGACUUUGACACAUUAGCUAUGAAUAUUGUAUCUGCUUCCAAGGACACAGCUUUCGUUUUCAACUGUCAGAUGGGGAUCGGGAGGACAACAACAGGUACUGUUAUUGCUUGCCUUCUGAAACUCCGUAUCAAUUAUGGAAGGCCUAUUAGAGUGGUAGUUGAUGACCUAUCACAGAAAAAGUUGGGCAGUCGCAGCGAUGAUAAAAGUGAAGAACAGAUGUCUGCAUCAAUAUCCAUUCCUGAAAAUAUUAUGACUGGGGAAGAUUCAGGUCAUUCAUUUGGGAUUAAUGACAUCCUAUUGUUGUGGAAGAUAACAAGAUUGUUUGACAAUGGGGUGGAAUGUCGAGAAGCCUUGGAUUCUAUAAUAGACCGAUGUUCGGCCCUGCAGAAUAUACGUCAAGCUGUCUUGCAAUACAGACAGCUGUUUAAUCAGCAGCAUGUGGAGCCUAGAGAAAGAAGAGUAGCGUUAAACCGCGGUGCUGAGUAUUUGGAGCGUUACUUCCGUUUAAUUGCUUUUGCAGCAUAUCUAGGUAGCAAAGCAUUUGAUGGGUUUUGCGGGCAAGGAGAGUCAAGAAUGACUUUUAAGAGUUGGUUGCAUCAGAGACCAGAGGUUCAAGCAAUGAAAUGGUCCAUCAGAUUAAGACCUGGGCGGUUCUUUACUGUCCCGGAGGAAUUGAGAGCACCACAUGAAUCUCAACAUGGGGAUGCAGUCAUGGAGGCUAUUGUGAAGGAUCGUAAUGGCUCAGUUUUGGGGAAAGGCUCUAUUCUUAAGAUGUAUUUCUUUCCUGGUCAAAGGACUUCUAGCCACAUUCCAAUCCAUGGUGCACCACAUGUCUACAAGGUUGACGGAUACCCUGUGUAUAGCAUGGCAACCCCAACAAUUGUAGGUGCAGAAGAGAUGUUAGCCUAUUUAGGCGCCAAGCCCACGGCGGAAGGAAAUGCUUCUAAGAAAGUAGUUGUAACAGAUCUACGGGAAGAGGCUGUGGUUUAUAUCAACAACACUCCUUUUGUUCUUAGGGAACUUAAUAAGCCUGUUGAUACACUCAAGCACAUUGGAAUCACUGGUCCAGUGGUGGAGCACAUGGAAGCACGUCUGAAAGAAGACAUCAUUUCUGAGAUUAGAAAUUCUGGUGGUAGAAUGCUUUUACACCGUGAAGAAUAUAACCCUGCAUUGAAACAGGCUAGCGUCAUAGGUUACUGGGAGAAUAUUUUUGUAGACGAUGUUAAGACUCCUGCAGAGGUAUAUGCAGCCCUAAAGCAUGAAGGGUACAAUAUAGCAUAUCAGAGGACCCCAUUAACUAGAGAGAGGGAAGCUCUAGCUUCAGAUGUUGAUUCGAUCCAGUACUGUAAGGAUGAGUCUGCAGGGUCUUAUCUUUUUGUAUCACACACAGGAUUUGGAGGAGUUGCUUAUGCUAUGGCUAUCAUUUGUAUAAGACUUGAAGCAGAGGCAGCAUUAACAUCAGGUGUUUCACGAUUUAUUGGAAUUCCAUGCUCAUCUAAUUCACGGGGAGAACUUUUUAAUUCUGAUGAUGAAGCACGGAAAAUGGGUGAUUACAGGGACAUCCUAAGCCUAAUUAGAGUACUUGUCCAUGGUCCUGAGAGCAAAGCAGGUGUUGACUCCGUUAUAGAUAGGUGUGCUGGGGCUGGACAUUUGAGAGAUGACAUUCUUUACUACAACAAGGAAUUUGAAAAGCUUUCAAAUGAUAGUGAUGAAUAUCGAGCAUAUCUUGUCGAUAUGGGUAUUAAAGCUUUGAGGAGAUACUUCUUCCUGAUUGCAUUUAGAUCCUAUCUCUACAGUACUUCAGCAACUGAGAUCAGAUUCACCAGUUGGAUGGAUGCAAGGCCUGAACUCGCCCAUCUUUGUAACAAUCUUAGAAUCGAUCGAUAGAUCACACUUAAAUAAAACAACGUACAACCAAAUAAUGUACAUAUCUCAAUUUUUUCAGUGGGAAUUUCAUAAAUGAACGAUGUACAUCUAUACUACAUAUCAAAUGUCUGAGGCUGACCUGGUAUGGUGUAUUGGCGUGAUUUGGAGAUUCUGUGAUAAAAAAAUCUAACUUGGUGAGAUUUGAUCA